CGGUAGGACCGGAAUUUCGAUUAAGGAAUCAGAAAUCUGUAAAUUCGAGAUGCUAAUCCCUAAAGCUGCAUUUACGUGUACGUCUUCUCAGCCUUUCCUAUUCGAUUCUCUCUGCUCUGUUGCCUCAUUCCUCCGUCGUCCUCAAUUCGUUUGCCGGCGUUAACGACCUGCCGCGAAGCUAGAUUCAUCGCAGCUCAGGUCGCGACGAUUGUAAAAAUUUACAGAGAGUGUAAAAAGAGUGUGUGAAUAAUCUGUAAUUGAUUUAAUGUCGAUGAGCAAUUCCUUGAAAAAGCUCUCUUCUUGUGUUCUUCUUGACCUCGAUGGUACCUUAAUCAACACAGAUGGUGUUGUGGGAGACAUAUUGAGGAAAUAUUUGUGUAAAUAUGGUAAACAGUGGGAUGGAAGAGAAACAUUGAAAAUAGUUGGGCAAACUCCAUUAGAAGCUGCUACUACCAUUGUUGAAGAUUAUGGACUUCCUUGUGGCGUUGAUGAAUUCAAUUCUGAGUUCUACCCUUUGUUCUCUGCUCAGAUGGACAAGAUCAAAUCCCUUCCUGGUGCCAGUCGGUUGAUUAGACAUUUGAAGUGUCAUGGAGUACCUAUGGCAUUGGCUUCCAAUUCUUCAAGGGCAAAUAUUGAAUCCAAAAUUGCUCAUCAUAAAGGUUGGAAGGAAUGCUUCUCGGUUAUUAUUGGUCGCGAUGAAGUUGCCAAAGGAAAGCCUGCUCCUGAUAUUUUUCUUGAAGCAGCUAAAAGAUUGAAUAAAGAUCCAGCAGACUGUUUGGUUAUUGAAGAUUCUGUGCCUGGUGUUAUGGCUGGUAAAGCUGCUGGGACAAAAGUGAUUGCUGUUCCUUCUCUUCCUAAACAGACACAUCUUUAUACAUCCGCUGAUGAAGUCAUCAAUUCUCUACUCGACAUAAGACCAGAGAAAUGGGGUCUUCCUCCAUUUCAAGACUGGAUAGAGAACACUUUACCAAUUGAUCCAUGGCAUAUUGGAGGUCCAGUUAUCAAAGGAUUUGGCCGUGGCUCUAAAGUACUUGGAAUCCCCACAGCUAACUUGUCAGCAAAGGAUUACGCAAGUGAGCUUGUAGAACAUCCUUCGGGAGUGUACUUUGGUUGGGCGGGAUUGCCAACAAGAGGUGUCUACAAAAUGGUCAUGAGCAUUGGUUGGAAUCCUUUUUUCGAUAACAAGGAGAAAACUAUUGAGCCAUGGCUGCUUCACGAUUUCACUGAAGACUUCUACGGCGAAGAGCUACGUCUUAUAAUUGUUGGCUAUAUACGCCCUGAGGCUAAUUUCACUUCACUGGAGAGUCUCGUCGCAAAGAUUCACGAGGACAGAGAAGUUGCAGAGAGAGCUCUUGAUCUUCCAUUGUAUUCUAAGUUCAAGGGUGAUACUUAUCUGACAAAAUGAUAAAUUCAUGUAUGUAAAGAAUCAAAACUCUUGUUUUCUCACAUUCUUGAAUCUUGAUUUUGAAAUAAGAAAUUCAAACCCUCUGAUUGUUUUCAGAA